CUCUCUCUUCCCUCCACCUCUCCCUCCCUCUCUCUCUCUCUCUCUCUCUCUCCAACGAUCUCUUCUUCUUCUUCUUCUUCUUCUUCUUCUACGCCCCUUCUGUCAAAGACCAGGCAUAGACUUUUGCUAAGGAAAACACCAAAAGAACAAACCUUUGCCCCCCAAAAAAAAAAAACCCAUAAAAAGCGAACUUUUUGUUGUUGGGGUCUUCUGGGGUUUUGAGUUUUGAGCUGUCGGGAGGGAAAGGGUGAAGAUUUGGGAUUGUCUCUGCGAUGGUUUUGAUGGGUAUAGUGUUCUUUGCUGAAGAAGAGGACAAGGAGUGGGAGAAGGAGAGGUAGGGAGUUUCAACAGUUUUUGCCGAAGCAGAAGAAAGGAAAGGGAAAUUGGGAUUCAAAGGAAAGGAAACUGCUGAAUCCAUUCUGAUUUUGGGGGGGGAACUGAUACUGGUGGAGCCAUGUCUGCGACUGUGAUCAGCGAUCCGAUGGUGAUAUCAGCCCCAGAGGCUCAGCCCCAGCCCAUACCGGGGCAGGCGAUCCUUUCUGCUGCUGCCCAGAUCGAGGUGGAGUUCGCGAUGUGUGACUGUUGCGGGCUCACGGAGGAGUGCACCCCUGCUUAUAUUGAGCGAGUCCGGGAGCGGUACUUUGGGAAGUGGAUCUGUGGCCUCUGUGCUGAGGCAGUCAAGGACGAGAUUGCACGGACAGAGAGGCUCGUUAGUGCAGAGGAAGCCAUGAACCGGCACAUGAACUUCUGCAAGAAGUUCAAGUCCCCUGGCCCAACCACGGACCCUACGAUCCAUCUGAUCUCGGCGAUGAGGCAGAUCCUGAGGAAGAGCUUGGAAUCAAGGUCGACCCCCAGCAGCCCGACCAGGAAAGAACUGCCGAUUCCAGUGAAAUCGUUGGCUCGGUCGGAGAGCUGUUUCCCUUCACUGACUGGUUGAAAGUUAAGGAACGAGGAUAGAGUUCUUGCCUGGAUUGGGCGUAAGAGGAUUCUUCUCCACCCGACCAAUCUCAACCGUUGCUAACCGAGCCCAUCCAUCGACUAUCAUAUGGCUCACACCAGAUUGACUGUUGUGAUUUAUCCGAUGCUGAUGAAUCCUUUUACACCAGUCCAUGCAAGAACCUCAGCGUUUCUCCAGUGCACGGAGAAUGGAGGCGGAAUCAAUCGAGACAGGGAUGUAUUAGGAAUGAGGUAUAUGGACGGAAAUAAGAGAAGAUCAAAAGAACAGAAAAAAGGAAAAAAUCAAGGACAGAUGAUGAUAUGCUUAUAAUAGAUCUCUAGUGUCAGUGAAAUUAAUACAGAAACUUACUUGCCCUUUGCUACCGAAAUGUAAUUUUCAUUUAGAAAACUUAGUUGUGCCUCCUCUUGUUUGAAUUCAACCUUUUCCACCAUUUUCUCGAUUCCCGUCGAGAAAAAUCUCAAUAUGA